AUCCCUCCAUCCAUCAUUCCAUCUAUCUUACUCUCCAUCCGGUAGCGUAUUCGUGUCCCAGAGCUGCAUGAAUUUGGUUUGGAUCCACCGGGAUGUGAGGUCAGCAGAAAGGAGCCAUUCAGGAAAAAGGACAGCAGCAGAAAAACCUGGAGUGUCUUGGGAAUAUGGAAAUGUGUGUGUCCUUGGGAAUACUGCAUGAUAACAAGGACUGAACUCUUGCGAAGACAGUUUUUAGAGUUUUUAGAGUCUUUCAACGCUCUCCUUUUUUUGCCCGGCAUCCUGUAGAUCCAGGAGAGGGAGCAUGGAGGAGAGAAGUGGAUGAUGGGAGGUGUAGGAAUAGGAUUAAGAGGUGUAGGAAUAUGGCGAGACUCCGUUGUGACUCCUGGUGUGCAGAAGUGACCUUUGACACCGGAGAAACAACCUUUCUAGACUCUGUUGUAUGCCGGGGCAACCAGCUGAGCUGACAUCAAAUCAUCAAUCAGACACUUUUUAUUUGUUAUUAGUCAUAUCUGAACUUUCUUUCCAGACCCACACGUCUCAAACGGAAUGGUUUUAAAGCUCUCAACCACAUGACAUAUGUGCAACAAUUGCUGGACUGGUGCAGAUCGUAGCAGCUGCAAGGAUGAACCGCUGGAGCUCGGGAAAUGCUGGGAAUGCCAGUAAAUCAGACAGAAGUGGGCCGCGCAGAGGGAGGCUGAUGAUGCUGCUGUGGAUUAUCCUCUCCAGCUCGCUGUGCCUGAUGGUCGACGGACAGAUGAAGAUCUCACCAGAAACGGUGCAGCAGUGGGCUGUUUCUUUUGGCAAAGACAUAGCUGCUCUGUCUGGUAGAUACUCUGGAGCUAAACUGCUACAGAAGAAAUACAAGGAUAUCGAGGGUGUGGUGAAGAUAGAGGAGGUGGACGGAGAGGAGCUUGUAAAAAAGUUUGCUGAGGAGAUGGAGGAGAUGCUUGGGAGGAAGAUGAAAUCGGUGAAGAGGUUGGCAGAAGCGGCAGAGGAUGCUGACCUUUACCAUGAAUACAAUGAAACAAUGGAGUUUGACUACUAUAACUCCUUGCUGAUCAACACGUUGGAUGAGGACGGGAAUCCAGUGCCGCUGGGAGGAGAAUUUGCUCUGGAAGAAAAUGAACACUUUAAUAAAAUGCCAGUCAACACACAACAGAGUAACAUACAAGUCCCAACUAAUGUGUACAACAGAGACCCAGAUAUUCUUAAUGGAGCCUACAUGUCUGAGGCUCUGAAUGAAGUGUUCAUUGAUAACUUCCAGAAAGAUCCAACUCUCACCUGGCAGUACUUUGGCAGCUCUACUGGCUUCUUCAGGCUGUACCCAGGGAUCCAGUGGAUUCCAGAUGAAAAUGGUGUGGUCACCUUUGACUGCAGAAACAGAAACUGGUACAUACAGGCAGCCACUUCUCCUAAAGAUGUGGUGAUCGUGGUGGAUGUCAGUGGCAGUAUGAAGGGACUCAGACUGACCAUAGCCAAACACACAAUAAAUACAAUCCUGGACACACUGGGAGAAAAUGAUUUUGUAAACAUCAUAGCUUACAGUGACUAUGUUCGUUACGUAGAGCCCUGCUUCAAGGGCAUGCUGGUUCAAGCUGAUCUGGAUAACAGAGAGCAUUUCAAGAUUUUGGUUGAAGAGCUUCAUGUCAAAGGAGAGGGCAAAGUGAAAAAUGCAAUGAAGGAGUCUUUCAAGAUUCUCAACGAGGCUGCAGCACUGGGCCAGGGCAGCCUGUGUAACCAGGCCAUCAUGCUGAUAACAGACGGGGCCAUGGAAGACUUCCAGGAUGUUUUUGAAGAGUUCAACUGGCCAGAACGACGGGUUCGUGUGUUCACCUAUCUGAUUGGACGAGAGAUGACAUUUGCGGAAAAUGUUAAAUGGAUUGCCUGCAACAACAAGGGGUACUACACACACGUCUCCACACUGGCUGAUGUCCAGGAAAACGUUAUGGAGUACCUCCAUGUUCUCAGCCGGCCAAUGGUGAUCAAUCACGAUCAUGACAUCAUCUGGACUGAGGCCUAUAUGGACAGUGUGCUGUUCAACACUCAGGCCCAAAGCCUGCUCCUGAUGACCUCGGUAGCAAUGCCUGUGUUCAGCAAGAAGGAAGAGACCUUGUCUCAUGGGAUUCUGCUGGGAGUGGUGGGAACUGAUGUGGCCUUGAGAGAACUGAUGAGAUUAGCUCCAAGAUACAAGCUGGGUAUCCAUGGUUACGCCUACCUCAUCACCAACAACGGCUACAUCCUGUCUCACCCUGACCUACGACCUCUGUAUAAGGAGGGGAAAAAGCUGAAGCCAAAACCCAACUAUAACAGUGUUGAUCUGUCAGAGGUGGAGUGGGAAGACACUGAGGAGAAACUGAGGACAGCCAUGGUUAAAGGAGAAACUGGAACUUUGUCUUUAGACGUGAGAACUUCCGUGGAUAAAGGAAGGAGAGUGAUGUUCCUGAAGAAUGAUUACUUCUACACCAUCAUCAAUGAGACACCAUUCAGUCUGGGUAUAGUGUUGACUAGAGGAUAUGGACAAUAUAUUUUCAUCGGAAACGUCUCCGUUGAGGAGGGUCUCCAUGACCUAUUGGCUCCAGACUUGACCAUAGCUAACGAAUGGACCUACUGCGAGACAGACAUUGACCCUGCCCAUCGUAAGCUGACCCAGCUGCAGGCUGUGGUGCUAUACCUCACUGGAAAAGAACCACAUCUGGAGUGUGAUGGGCUUUUAUUGCAACAAACUCUGUUUGAUGCUGUGGUCACGGCUCCUAUGGAAGCCUACUGGACCGCCCUCAUGCUCAACACAUCUGGUAUGGACGAGGGGGUAGAAACAGCGUUCUUGGGGACCCGUUCAGGCCUGACGAGAUUCCAGAGAUACACUGGUAUUGAGAAAAGAACUGCCAAGUCUUUCCUGACCUCCACAGACAAGGAGAAUAUGUUCACUUUGGACCAUUUCCCAGUGUGGUAUCGCAGAGCAGCUGAGUACCCAGCUGGACAGUUUCUAUACUACAUGCCCAGACAGGAGACUAGAGCAGGGAGGAUAGUGAUUGCUGCCACUGCUGUCACUGUUACGGUGGGCAAGAAAACUGCCAUCGCUGGAGAUGUGAAGAUCCCUAAGUAA